AGUCGAAAUGUGCAGUAGAAAUUGAAUUGGGCAGUGCUACACCUUCACAAUAGUGUGCAACAUCCACAUUCACCUGAAAAGGGAGAGGGGAGGUUAAAAUGUUCAGGUUCUGUUAACUGAACAUGUUCAGGUUCAGGUUCAACUGAUCAUGCAACUGCACUAGUUGGAAACAAAAGUUGAGAUGUACUCCUGGCCCUGGCCCCUGCUUAUGUUUGCUUUUUAAUUCCUAGCACUGCCCCCUGCAAAAAAUGAGAGGAGAUGUAGUAGGACCUGUAGUUGCUGAAAACAAAAAGGAUGUAGUAAAAAAUAUGUGGGUUCUUGCAGAAAACAACACUUGUAGUUUCCCUUUGUGGUUGUCCAUUAACACGUUUUUUGACCUGAAUAUUCUGCUGAAGCAUCCAUCCACUAACUAGCACAACAAGAACUUUUUAUGCUACAGAUUAACCAUAUUGAUGAAUGGAUUAGCAAUUACUCCUGUGUAAUUAGCAUUAUCAAUCUGAAUGCAUAUUGAGUCUUCAAAAAUUCUGUGUAACACAUUCUGUGUAACAAUGUCUGAACAUUCUGUGUAAAAUAUUGUCAUGAACCAUUCUGAAUUUUGAUGAAUGGAUUACAGUAAAUGAUCUAACACCAGACUGAAUUUUGUGGAGUACUCAAAGUGCUUUGAACUAGAGAAUCACCAAAGUUCAAAGCCUAACUUUGAGAAAGAAGAUGAAUGAGCAUCAAUGUGCAUUUAGGCUAAUUCUUUGAACUGAAUUUACAGAAUAAUGAUUUCAUUUGCAUAAUUACAGUGAAGUUUCAGUAACUACAGUAAUUGAAUUUACAGUAAGAUUUCUCACUCCAUUACUCUGUUAUUAACUGUAUUAUUCUGCUGUUAACAAUCAGAAUUGACACUAUAUUAUUCAGUCAAGUUGAUGUUCAGAACCUGUCAUUUUCUUCCAAAACCUGUCAAUUUCUGUCAGGUUUUGAUCUGUCAAGUUGAUGUUCAGUCAAGUUGAUGUCAAACUUGACACAUAAAUAAAAUUUGACAUCAAUGAAAUUUAGACAGUGAAUACAGUUUGGACAGUACUCCACUGUCAUAUUUUCAGUGAGUAAAAUUCAGUUUUGACAAAUUGAAGCCUACUCUAUUCUACUCCUAGAUUCUGAGCUUGAGUCAAGCAGGGGAUACUAAAUGGUGGAUGAGGCAACAAAUUACACUUGAGUAAGAAACACUUUGAUCAUCAUAAAUACUCCAAAUAUUGUUUCAACUAACAGAAGAUAAUUUCAAUAUUCAGAAUGUGUACCUGCACUAGUUGUCAACAAGAAAUACAGUAAAAGUUGAGAUGUACUCCUGACCCCUGCUUUUGUUUUCUUUUUAAUUCCUGGCCCUGGUCCCUGCAAAAAAAAAGAGAGAUGUAGUAGGAUCUGUAGUUGCUUAUGAACAAGGAGUACUUUUAAUAUCUACUUUUCCCUUUCUUGGUUUCUUUCCUUUUUGUCUAGGAUUCUUCAUGGUUUUCUUGUUAUAAUUAUAUGCUAACCAUUCAUCUCGUGUAUACGCUUGUUAUGAGAUCAGACAGGAGCACACAACUAUGGAUUUGAACUUGAUCCCGGAAGAGGAGGAUGAAGCUCAACAAGAAGAACAAGCUCAUCAAGGUGAUGCUAUUGAUUUGAACUUGAUCCCGGAAGAGGAGGAUGAAGACAUUGAAUUGAAUUGGUUUCCUGAAGAGGAAGAAGCUCAAGAUGCACAAGAAGAUGCAGAAGUGCAAGAAGCUCAAGAGGCACAAGAAGAUGCAGAGGUGCAAGAAGCUCAAGAAGCUGAUGGACAUGGCAAUCCAAGAGGGAAGGACAUGACAGACAAGGAGAGACAUGGUGUUUACUUUUCUCUUCGAGUAAUCGAGCUUAGAGAUGGACAGGUUCACGUGUAUGACAAGGUGCGCAUUGCGACUAUGCUGAAUGUUAACCUGCGAACAGUUACAAGAAUAUGGAAUCUAGCCAAACGACAACUUGCAACAGGCCAAGAAGUUGAUGUUUCAAGCAAGAAGAACAAAAGUGGUAGGAAGAGAAAAGGACUAGAUCUGUCGAGAAUAGCCACAAUCCCUUUGAACAACAGAAGCAGAAUCCGUUCUCUAGCCAGGUGUUUAGGUGUGCCCCGAUCAACCCUACAUGACAGAUUUCAACUGCAAGAGCUGAAACGCAUCACAAGCACCAUCAAACCCACCCUCAAGCCACAAAACAAGAUAGCGAGACUAAAGUUCUGCCUAUCCAUGAUGGAUGAAAGAUGGAUAUCAAGUCCUUGGCCCAGGUUCAAGCCAAUGACAAAUAUGGUCCACAUCGAUGAGAAAUGGUAUGAUAUGACCCGAGUGAAGAGUAGCUACUACGUACUGCCUGGAGAAGAAGAACCAAAUCGAACUAUGCACAAUACUCAUAGCAUUGGGAAGGUAAUGUUUCUAACAGCUGUGGCCAAACCUCGCUACAAUGAAGAUGGGGAGAUGACAUUUGAUGGAAAACUUGGCAUUUGGCCAUUCGUGGUACAGACCGAGGCACAACGAACAAGCCAGAACAGAGAUAGGGGGACAAUAGAGUUGAAGCCGGUCAAAGUUACUAGACCUAUGUGCAGAGAUUACCUGAUCAAUAAAGUAAUCCCUACCAUUCAAGAAAAAUGGCCUGACGGUGACGAGGACACAACGAUCUUCAUUCAACAAGAUAAUGCAACACCGCAUGUCCUCCCUAAUGAUGCUGGUUUUCUAGAAGCCGUGGCACAGACAGAUCUGGAUAUUCGAUUAUUGCAACAACCACCAAACAGCCCCGAGCUCAGUGUUCUAGAUCUUUGUUUCCACUGCUCCCUCCAAUCCCUAACCGACUGCAGAGCGCCUAUGAAUAUACAGGAACUGGUACAUGGUGUAGAGGAGGAGUUUGAGAACUACAAUGCCCAUAAGUUGUUCAAAAGCUUUAUGACAUUGCAAGCAGUCAUGGUUGAAGUGAUGAAAGAUCAAGGAGGAAACAACUACAAGAUGCCGCAUCUGCAUAAGGAAUGUCUACAGAAUGCUGGAGAGGAAAUAAUCGGUGUAUACUGCAGUCCUGAGCUAAUUACUGACACCAAGGCCAUUAUAGAACAAGGAAAUGAUUAGAUAGAGAAAGGAAAAAGGAAAGGGAAAGGGAAAAGGAAAAGAAAGGAUAAGAAUAUGUGAUGUGUCAUGUGUAUGUAUUGUGUCAUGUGUAUGGCUUGUGUCGUAUGUAUGUAUUGUGUCAUGGGUUCAAUGAGAAAUGGUAGGAAAAGAAAGGAUCGAAGUAUUUGGAUUUAUUCGAAUCAUAUGAAUUUAUUUGCUUUAUUUGGA